AGGUAUUUGAUCGAUUUGACCCAGACCCAAAUUCCGUCGUCAAACUGAAUCUGUUUGGCAACACUGAGUGACUGGUGUGUCAAUGUGGAGAAGUGAACCCUGCCCUCAGACUCAGUGUCUCAACACGACCUGAGCCAAGUGGAGCAAAGUUCCGUGCCAAAAAGAUGCAAAGCUUCGCUUGCUGCGCACACGAAACAAGACGUGAUGAUGGAUGCGGAGAGAUAGCCCAGAAAUUGUUUUUCAUGGAUGGAGUUUCAUCCCUGCGUCCACAUUCUGUGUUCAGUGGCGAGUGGCGUAGAAGUGGCACUGGGCUUAAGGUGACCAGGCACUGUUGAGGAUCGUUAGCAGGUAUUCAUUUGCAAGGAUUAUAGUAGCAGGAGGCAGUACUGAGGUUGAUCAAACAAGAAGGCAGAAUCAAGCAAAGGUGAAUACUAUGAGCACUAUGAGCGUAUGAGCAAAGCCAGAAUAGCUAAUAAGCAGCAUGAGCAAACCCGCAAUGAGGGAAGCAGAGAGAGCGAAGGCGGAGCUCCGGCAAAGGACCAUCAAAGAGCUCAAGGAAAUGCUUAGCCAGGAAGGAUACAAUCCUGAUGACAUUGUGGGUGUGGAGAAGGAUGAGCUUGUGGACAAAUUGUGGGUCCUUCGUCAAAACCCAGUUGAAGAGGACCCUUAUCCGUUGCCGCUCUACUCCAAUUGUUGGCCUCAAUUCAUCUUGCGAGCCAUCUUCCUUGCUGCGAUGCAUUGGUUCGUGGUUUCCAGCUUUGCUGUCUCAAGCUCAGCACAGCUCACGACUUGCAGUGAUGCUGUCGUUCUUUUUGUGUGGUCGACAAAUGUCGAAUUGAUUGGUUGUUUGACUGGCUGAGGACACCCUUCUCACACUGUUUGCAGCAGUGGUCCUGAUAUUGGUGUUGCUCAUUCGCAACCUUCGUGUCCGCCACUACAAAGCUGAGAAGAAGCGCAAGCGGUUGGAUUGAAUUCAAUAAUUCUGAAAAGAUGUUGAACACGCUGACGAA